CAGAGGAUAAGAGCCUCCGUCAGUCCGCGUUUUGCUCAGUUUGUUGUUAGGGGUCAGGUUUCUCAGGUGGAUCGUGGUGGUCUGAUGGUUUCUGUCCGGUUCUGGUCUCUCGGAGGUACUCGCAGGUCUCACACCCUGUGUGGACCGGUACCUGCAGGUCCGGUGGUUCGGCUCAUGUGAAACUCACCAUCCAACAGGAGACAUGAGAGCCAGGAGCCCGGUGCUGUCAGCGGGCAGGAGGAGGAGGAGCAGCGGCGCUCCGGGCUCCAGCAGCCGGAGCCGGAGCAACAAGAGCCCGGAGGAAUAUCCGGUCCCGGCUCUCCUGCUGCAGGACAUGAGCCUGUGUUACCGGCUGCUGCGGCAGCUGGUUCCGGGUCUGCCGCCCGGACGGGCCGCCAGCAGGGUGGAGAUCCUACAGCACGUCAUCGACUACAUCCUGGACCUGCAGACCGAGCUGGACGCCUCCUGCCCGGCCGGAGACCGAGGAGAGGAGCGGGGGCAGCCGCUCCGCUGUGACCCGCUACAGCAGCUCCAACAGCGGCCACAGAGCGGCCGGAGCCCCGCUGACAGGACCCACACCUGCCAGUCCAGUGAUUCUCCCAGAAAAUAUCCAGAGGUCGUGGAGGACCAGACACUGCUGCACUGACGUGUCGACAGGAAGUAGAUCCAGACGUGGAUCCGUUCAAACCAUCUUCUGUUUUUAUUUGACACGAUGGGAAGAUUCUGGUUUUCAUCAGGAUCCUGACUCUGUCUCUGCAGGACUCCUCUGAGAAUCUGCAGGGGUUUUUUUCACUGAAUUAAGAUCGACUGACGACCUGAUGGAGUCUGGAUCAGAUCAGUUAAACUCUGAUGUAAACAGGACCUGAGCUUUUAUUUUGGACUUCAGAGCUCCUUCAGCUUCCUCUCUGUUGGACGUCACUUCCUGUCUGAUCGUCAAAAUAAGACUCUGAUAAAUGAAACUUUACUGUGGAAGUUCGUCAUUUUCCGACAUGAUCUUUAGAUUCAUGAAAUGUUGUUGUUUCUACAGCACGUGCUGUUUUUACCUUUUCUCCUGCUGAUGUGAAUCACGUGACCUCAGGUGUUCCUCCUCUCUGACAGGAAGUCACCGCUGCACUCUGAGGUCACUGAGCUCUUAUUCUGAAAGGUUAGAGGACUUUUAUUGUGACAGGAGCGGUGCCUCAGUGUUUCCUGUUAACAUCAAAUCUGAUCAAUAUUAUUUAUUGAAAUCAAUAAUUGAUUUUCAGAUGAAGUGAAAAAUGUUUGAACUGAAUCAGUUUUACACAGAAAAGAUUCAGAUUCAGUCAAACAAAAAGAUAAAAAUACUCGAUUACUUCUGCUGCUCCACAGUUUGUAGAUUCCUCUGGGAUCAAUAAAGUUUUCUCUUUUUGAAAACAUCAUUAUUUGUUAUAAUUUAUGAACGAGAGGUUUAAAAUAAAUGCAGUAAAAACUGAGUAUUUCAACUUGAGUAAAAGUACUUAGUUACUUUCCACCACUCUGCUCCUGACAGGAAGUUACUGUGGAGUCUUCAUCAUCAGACUGAGCUGACAGUAAUCUCUGUUGGUGUGUAACUGAAGUAACUGAGUACAUUUACUCAGUAACUGUGAGCCUGUGUAGGAGUUACUGAGUAAAGUAUCUCCUGCUCAGACCACAGCUCCACCUCCUUCACUCAGAUUACUUCUGUACUUUAAGAUACAGGACCUCUACUUGUAAUGAGUAUUUUUGUACUCUAGUAGUUAUACUCUUUAUUCAGUAAAGUAUCCAAGUACUCUGAGUCCUACUGCUGCAGAAAAAUAAAAAUCAGUCAUGAAUCAGAAACAACGUUUAACAUCCAGUUUAUUCUGUUUAAGUGAAGCACAGGUCACAUGAUCACAGCCACAUGGUUACAGUCACAUGAUCAGUCACGUGGUCACAGGUCACAUGGUUACAGGUAUUACAGGUAGAGAGCACUGAGACAGAAACAUGCAGCUUCAGAUCUGAGACUGAUCACAACUAUUCAGUUUUUCUGUUUCUAAAAAUUAAUUUUCAUAUUUUAAACUUCAGGUUUAAAGGUUGUGUUUGUAGCUACACGGCUAACGUUAGCAUCCAGCAGUUUCUCUCCGUCAGAUGAAGUCAGUUUGAUAUUUUAUAAGUGAAACAGUUU